UCCCGCUCUGCACCGAGGAGACUGGCUCAGCAGAAGAGAACCAGAAGGGGCUUCGGGCUGGGGACGGGGGUCUCAACUGGGGGAAGAGAGGACAGGGGGAGAAGAACGGCUGGCGGAGGUAGCUAGGGUGGGAAGAUCAUGGAGCCUGCUUCUGCCCAGGAUGAUCAGAAGAAAAAGCAACAGAAAGAAAAGUCAAAGAAACCGGUGCCACCAGCAGCCCCCCGGCCAGCCAGGGCUCUGUUCUGCUUAACCCUUCAGCACCCGCUGCGGAAAGCCUGCAUCGGCAUUGUGGAAUGGAAACCCUUCGAGAUCAUUAUCCUGAUGACCAUCUUUGCCAACUGUGUGGCGUUGGCUGUCUACCUGCCCAUGCCGGAGGAUGAUACCAACGCUUCUAACUCCAGCCUGGAGAAGAUAGAGUACGUCUUCCUGAUCAUCUUUACCAUUGAAGCCACACUCAAGAUCAUCGCCUAUGGGUUUCUACUUCACACGGACGCCUACCUCCGAAAUGGCUGGAACGUGCUGGACUUUGCCAUUGUCUCUUUGGGGCUGGUCACGGUGGUUGUGGAGCAGAUCAAUGUGAUGCAGGGCGCACCGCUGACGGGGAAGGGCGGCUUUGACGUCAAAGCCCUGCGAGCCUUCCGCGUGCUGAGACCCCUGCGCCUGGUGUCGGGAGUGCCAAGCCUGCAGGUGGUCCUGAACUCCAUCAUCAAGGCCAUGGUGCCCCUGCUCCACAUCGCCCUGCUGGUCCUCUUCAUGAUCAUCAUCUAUGCCAUUGUCGGGCAGGAGCUGUUCAAGGGAAAGAUGCACAAGACCUGCUACUACAUCGGGACAGAUGUCAUUGCCACAGGGGAAAUGGAGAAGCCUUCUCCAUGUGCCAGCACCGGCCACGGGCAUCACUGCACCAUGAACGGCACUGAGUGCAGGAGCGGGUGGCCAGGGCCCAACAAUGGCAUUACCCACUUUGAUAAUUUUGGCUUUGCCAUGCUGACCGUGUACCAGUGCAUCACCAUGGAGGGAUGGACGGAAGUCCUCUACUGGGUGAACGACGCCAUCGGGAACGAGUGGCCUUGGAUCUAUUUCGUCAGCCUCAUUCUGCUGGGCUCUUUCUUCGUUCUCAACCUGGUGCUGGGCGUGCUCAGCGGGGAGUUCACCAAGGAGCGUGAGAAGGCCAAGUCACGGGGCACGUUCCAGAAACUGCGGGAGAAGCAGCAGCUGGAGGAGGAUCUGAAGGGCUACAUGGACUGGAUCACCCAUGCCGAAGUCAUGGAUAGCCACCGGGCCAGGGGAGAAGGGAUGCUGCCAUCAGAGGAAGGGGGUUCAGAGACAGAGAGCCUGUAUGAAAUUGAGGGCAUGAACAAAUGGAUUCUCUUCUUCCGGCAGUGGAGGCGAUGGAACCGCCUGUUCCGCAGGAAGUGCCGCGAGGUGGUGAAGUCCAAGUUUUUCUAUUGGCUGGUGAUCCUGCUCAUCUCGCUGAACACCCUGUCAAUUGCUUCCGAGCAUCACUGGCAGCCCGAGUGGCUGACCCGUGUGCAAGAAAGCGCCAACCGGGUGCUGCUGGCGCUCUUUGCGGCCGAGAUGCUGCUGAAGAUGUACGCGCUGGGCCUGCGCCAGUACUUCAUGUCUCUCUUCAACCGCUUCGACUGCUUCGUGGUGUGCGUCGGCAUCCUGGAGAUUAUCCUGGUGGAGAUCAACGUCAUGUCGCCCUUGGGCAUCUCCGUCCUGCGGUGCAUUCGCCUGCUGAGGAUCUUCAAGAUAACCAGGUACUGGACCUCUCUGAGCAACCUGGUGGCAUCUCUGCUAAACUCGGUCCGCUCCAUCGCCUCCCUGCUCCUCCUCCUCUUCCUCUUCAUCAUCAUCUUCUCCCUGCUGGGGAUGCAGCUCUUCGGUGGGAAGUACGACUUUGAAGACAUGGAAGUGCGGCGCAGCACCUUCGAUAACUUCCCCCAGGCACUCAUCAGUGUCUUCCAGAUCCUGACCGGAGAAGACUGGAAUUCAAUCAUGUACAAUGGGAUCAUGGCUUAUGGAGGACCCUCAUUCCCCGGCGUGCUGGUCUGCAUUUACUUCAUCAUCCUCUUUGUCUGUGGGAACUAUAUCCUGCUCAAUGUCUUCCUGGCCAUCGCUGUGGACAAUCUGGCUGAGGCCGAGAGCCUGACGUCGGCCCAGAAAGCCAAAGCCGAGGAGAAAAAGCGGAGGAAAAUGUCCAGAAGUUACCCGGAGAAAUCCGAGGAGGAAAAGCUCCUGCUGGCCAAGAAGCUGGAGCAGAAAGCCAAGGCCGAAGGAAUCCCUACCACUGCCAAGUUAAAAGUGGACGAGUUUGAAUCAAACGUAAAUGAGAUCAAAGACCCCUACCCUUCUGCUGAUUUCCCAGGUGAUGAUGAGGAAGAUGAGCCCGAAAUCCCCCUGAGCCCUCGGCCACGCCCCCUGGCAGAGCUGCAGCUCAAGGAGAAAGCAGUGCCCAUGCCCGAAGCCAGCGCCUUCUUCAUCUUCAGCCCAACCAACAGGAUCCGAGUGCUGUGCCACCGAAUUGUCAAUGCCACCUGGUUCACCAACUUCAUCCUGCUCUUCAUCCUGCUCAGCAGCGUCUCCCUGGCAGCUGAGGAUCCCAUCCGGCCUGAGUCCUUCAGGAACCAGGUUCUGGGAUAUUUUGACAUGGGCUUCACCUCCGUGUUCACAGUUGAAAUAGUCUUGAAGAUGACUGCAUACGGUGCAUUCCUUCACAAGGGGUCCUUCUGCCGGAACUACUUCAACAUCCUGGAUCUGCUGGUGGUUGCUGUCUCCCUCAUCUCCAUGGGAAUUGAGUCCAGCACCAUCUCCGUGGUGAAAAUCCUGAGGGUGCUGAGAGUCCUGCGGCCGCUGCGGGCCAUAACAGAGCGAAGGGGACUGCAUCAUGUAGUCCAGUGCGUGUUCGUGGCCAUCAAGACCAUCGGUAACAUUGUGAUUGUCACCACCCUGCUGCAGUUCAUGUUCGCCUGCAUCGGGGUGCAGCUCUUCAAGGGGAAGUUUAGCAGCUGUACGGAUCCUGCCAAGAUGACAGAAAAGGAAUGCAGGGGCUACUUCAUCGUGUACUUGGACGGCAGCCCCACGCAGCUAAGGCUGCACCAGCGCGAGUGGGUGCACAAUGACUUCCACUUCGACAAUGUCCUCUCAGCCAUGAUGUCGCUCUUCACUGUCUCCACCUUCGAGGGCUGGCCGCAGCUGCUGUAUAAGGCCAUUGACACCCACACCGAGGACAUGGGCCCCAUCUACAACUACCGGGUGGAGAUUGCCAUCUUCUUCAUCAUCUACAUCAUCCUCAUCGCCUUCUUCAUGAUGAACAUCUUCGUCGGCUUCGUCAUCGUCACCUUCCAGGAGCAGGGUGAGAGCGAAUACAAGAACUGUGAGCUGGACAAGAAUCAGCGCCAGUGUGUCCAGUACGCGCUGAAAGCCCGCCCUCUGAGACGCUACAUCCCCAAGAACCCCUAUCAGUACCAGAUCUGGUAUGUGGUGACCUCCUCUUACUUCGAGUACCUCAUGUUCUUCCUGAUCAUGCUGAACACCAUCUGCCUGGGCAUGCAGCACUACAACCAGUCAGCUGAGAUGAACCACAUCUCGGACAACUUGAACGUGGCCUUCACCAUCCUCUUCACCCUGGAGAUGUUCCUCAAGCUCAUGGCCUUCAAAGCCAAGGGCUAUUUCGGCGACCCCUGGAAUGUCUUUGAUUUCCUCAUCGUAAUCGGUAGCAUCAUCGACGUCAUCCUGAGCGAGAUCGAUACGUUUCUUGCUUCCAGUGGCGGACUGUACUGCCUAAGCGGAGGCUGUAAUGGCAUUGAUUCUGCAGACAAUACUCGCAUCUCCAUCACCUUCUUCCGACUUUUCCGGGUGAUGAGGUUGGUGAAGCUGUUGAGCCGGGGGGAAGGAGUCAGGACCCUGCUCUGGACCUUCAUCAAGUCCUUCCAGGCCCUGCCCUACGUGGCGUUGCUGAUUGUGAUGCUGUUCUUCAUCUACGCUGUGAUCGGGAUGCAGAUGUUUGGGAAAAUCGCCCUGGUGGAGAACCCAAUCAACCGGAACAACAACUUCCAGACCUUCCCGCAAGCCAUCCUGCUGCUCUUCAGGUGUGCGACAGGCGAGGCCUGGCAGGAGAUCUUGCUGGCCUGCAGCUACGGGAAAAAGUGUGACCCUGAGUCUGAUUACGCCCCAGGGGAGGAGUACGCCUGUGGCACGGGCUUCGCCUACUUCUACUUCAUCAGCUUCUACAUGCUCUGCGCCUUCCUGAUUAUCAACCUCUUUGUCGCCGUCAUCAUGGACAACUUUGACUACCUCACGCGAGACUGGUCUAUCCUGGGUCCGCACCACCUGGACGAAUUCAAAAGAAUCUGGGCAGAAUACGACCCGGAAGCCAAGGGAAGAAUCAAACAUCUGGAUGUGGUGACCCUGCUGAGACGCAUCCAGCCUCCCCUGGGCUUUGGGAAGUUCUGUCCGCACCGCGUGGCUUGCAAGCGCCUGGUGUGCAUGAACAUGCCUCUGAACAGCGAUGGCACCGUCACCUUCAAUGCCACUCUCUUCGCUCUGGUGCGGACAGCCCUCAAGAUCAAGAUGGAAGGUAACUUUGAGCAGGCCAAUGAGGAGUUGAGGGCCAUUAUCAAGAAGAUCUGGAAGAGAACUAGCAUGAAACUCUUGGACCAGGUCAUUCCACCAAUUGGAGAGGAUGAGGUGACCGUGGGCAAGUUCUAUGCGACCUUCCUCAUCCAGGAGCACUUUAGGAAGUUCAUGAAGCGCCAGGAGGAGUAUUAUGGGUAUCGGCCCAAAAAGAACACCAUUGCUAUCCAGGCCGGCCUGAGAAGCAUCGAAGAGGAAGCCGCGCCCGAAAUCCACCGAGCAAUCUCUGGAGACUUGACUGCCGAGGAGGAGCUGGAGAGGGCCAUGAUGGAGGCAGCGAUUGAGGAAGGGAUAUACAGGAGGACGGGUGGCUUGUUCGGUCAUGUUGAUUCCUUCCUGGAGCGGAACAGCCCCCUGCAGCCCCAUGUGACCAGCCAGAGACCCCUGCAGUUCACCGAAGUGGGGAGCGAAGACUUGGACUCUCCCGUCUUCCUCGAUGACUUCCCCCCAGACAGGAACACCAACGCCAACAACAGCAACACAGCCGCACGGGUGCAGUACGAGGACGAGCUGCAGGGGGAGAGGAUGUUGCCAGCAUCCUGCCAGCCACGGCCGUACUCUGCCCUGGGCCACAACCGCUCCUUCUGCCUGGAGAAGCGGCAGCGGCGGCUGGACAGGAAACGGGCAGCCAGUGUCGGUGGAUGCCCAGGGUGGGGGCUGCAGCUGCCCAGAGAGGAGGCUGCUGCUCAGGAGUGGGGAGAGGAGCUGAGCUCCGAGUGCCAGCUGGAUGGUGGCAGUGACAUGAACGGGGAGGGAGACGCUGCUGCCUCUACCCCAGCCACCACCUUACUCAUCCAGGAGGCUCUGCUCUCCGGUGGCCUCAGCACUCUGGCCUGCGACCCAUCCUUUGUGACAGCCAUGAGAGCUGAGAUGGCUGCCACCUGCCAGCUGGAGAUGGUGGUGAUGGAAGAGACUGCGGCCGAGCUGCUGAGGGGAAGGGAAAGCCCGGAGGGAGUGGAGGCCGGUUCCACCCGCUGACACACCUUGGCCAUGUCCCAGCAUAGCUCCCCUGGGCCCAGCACGCCUGGCUCCCAAAGGCCAUCUCCAGUCCCCACCUGUGAGACACUGCCGGGGAUCCCCCUCACCAACGGUGCCAGUCGGGAGGUGCUGCCCGUUUGUGGGCUUUGAGAGGGUUACCGUGGAAACACAGCGCCAUCUCCUCCCAUGCACAGCCCUGACUGGUUGCUCUCUGCCCUGGGCCAGGCAGAUGGGAGCCAGAGAAGGACUCGCCGGGCUGUUUGGGGAGGAGCGGCGAAGGCCUGAACUCUGGGUACAUUUCCUACAGGGGUGUCUGGUGCUGCAUGGACAGGGUGUGCCCCCUGCCCUCCCAAGAGCUGUAACGUUUGCACCAGAGGGGUCAUUAAGUCCCUGGCACCGCGCAUCGUGCUACCUCCGCUCUGUCCUUCAGGUGCUCUGGUCUUCGAUCAGAGGGGGGCCAGUGGAGACUCUUGGGGGCCUGCUUUCCAGCAGUGCUGAGCACCUGCAGCUCCAGCCAAUGCAGCGGGAGGCCGUGGGUAUCCCGUCCCUCUGAACACCAGCCCCUAGUGUCUCCAGUCAGGCCUGCCGAAUGAGCGGACCACUUUCCAACCAUGGGCUGAAUGUACAUAGCCAGAGCCGGCCUUGCCAUCUAGACAAGGCACCUGCUACAGAUGGGGGAUGAGGCCCAGCGAGGGAAGGGUGGGAGAUUUUCAACUAUUUCUGUCGCUCUCUGUGAUGUGCUGGAAGUCUUGCCUCUCAUUGUUCACAUGAGCCUUUGCAACCAAUGCUGGGGUGGACUGGCCGAAGGUCACAGGGGGAGUCUGUGGCCACCGUGGGAAACUGACUCCACAUCUGAGUCCCGGCCAGAGCCUUAACCACGAGCCCACCCUUCCUCUGACACAGCAUCCCUUCCUGUCCCAGGAGGCACGACCUGAGCCUGCCCUUCUCUUGGACCCUGAGCUGGGAGGGGCAACUUGCCCCGUGAUGAUUUAUUAUUGCUAUUACCCUAGUGCCUAGGAGUGCCCGUAUGAUGCCCAGGGUUGUGCCAACACAGGACAGAAAGAAGUACGGUGCCCUAAGAGGCCAGCUCACCACCUAAGCCCUGGGUCGAUCUCCCUGUCACAUUGUCUUCACCCAGGACCGGUGGCAUUUCUGGCCGCUGAGUAAAUUGCACGUGUGUUUUGUUCUAAUCAGCCCAAUAAAAAGGAGAUUUGGUGC